AUUUUCCCUGGCUGGAUAGAGUGGCAGGGUCAGGAUACCUCCCUGCUCAGAAAGGAUGCCUGGACUCAGACUUCCCCAGUUGGGAGGAAGAUUGGGCACACUCAAAUCCAGGGUGCAGGUGGAAAUCUCCGCGUUCAAACUCGAGCGGGCCAAUCAGGGCCUGGCGCGCCGGCCAGUUCAAACGCGCGGUGCAGCCGGCCUCCCGCCCCGCGCCAGGGGCUCACUGGGGCGGGGAGCGGGUGAACCUGCUGCCUCGGUUACUGGGGAGCAACACAGACGCCUCGGGUUACCAGCGCCAUGGAGCGCUCCCUGCACCGAGUCUCCGUACGAAGCCGGCACGGCCACCAGGACUUGUCCUUCUAUCUCACCACCUUUGGUCAGCUGAAGCUGUCGAUUGACUCCCAGGACCAGGCUCUGCUGCUCCACAUUAUAGAAGGUAAAGGCCUGAUGAGCAAAGAGCCUGGCAUGUGUGAUCCCUACGUGAAGAUGUCUUUGAUCCCAGAAGAUAACCGACUACGCAGUCAGAAGACACAGACCAUCCCAGACUGCAGAGACCCAGUCUUCCACGAGCACUUCUUCUUUCCCAUCCAAGAGGAAGACAAACAGAAGCGCCUUCUGUUCACUGUGUGGAACAGGGCAGGUGACUCCAGAAAGAGUGGACUCAUCGGCUGCCUGAGCUUCGGGGUGAAGUCCCUCCUGACUCCAGACAAGGAGAUCAGUGGCUGGUACUACCUUCUGGGGGAAACCCUGGGCCGGACCAAGCACCUGAAGGUGGCCAGACGGCGACUGCAGCCCCGGAGAGACCCGCUAAUGAGAAUGCUCAGAGGAGGUGGGGACCCUGAGAAUCAGGAGAAACUUAAGAUCACCAUUCCGAGGGGGAAGGACGGCUUUGGCUUCACCAUCUGCUGUGACUCUCCGGUUCGAGUACAGGCUGUAGAUUCUGGUGGCCCGGCAGAGCGGGCAGGGCUGCAGCAGCUGGACACGGUGCUGCAGCUGAACGAGCGGCCUGUGGAGCACUGGAAAUGCGUGGAGCUGGCACAUGAGAUCCGGAGCUGCCCCAGCGAGAUUAUCCUGCUUGUGUGGCGCAUGGUCCCCCAGGUCAAGCCGGGGCCAGACGGUGGAGUCCUGCGGAGGGCCUCCUGCAAGUCGACACAUGACCUCCAGUCACCCCCCAACAAGCGGGAGAAGAAUUGCACCCAUGGAGCCCAGGCCCGGCCCGAGCAGCGCCACAGUUGCCACCUGGUGUGUGACAGCUCAGAUGGGCUGCUGCUUGGCGGCUGGGAACGCUACACCGAGGUGGCCAAGCAUGGGGGCCAGCAUACCCUGCCUGCACUGUCCCGUGCCACUGCCCCCACCGACCCCAACUACAUCAUCCUGGCCCCACUGAACCCUGGGAGCCAGCUGCUGCGGCCUGUGUACCAGGAGGAUGCCAUCCCCGAAGAGUCAGGGAAUCCCAGUAAAGGGAAGUCCUCCACGGGCCUGGGGAAGAAGUCCCGGCUGAUGAAGACGGUGCAGACCAUGAAAGGCCAUGGGAACUAUCAGAACUGCUCGGUCCUGAGGCCGCAUGCCUCACACUCAAGUUAUGGCACAUAUGUCACCUUGGCCCCCAAAGUCCUGGUGUUCCCCGUCUUCGUUCAGCCUUUAGACCUCUGUAACCCUGCCCGGACCCUCUUGUUAUCAGAGGAGCUGCUGCUGUAUGAGGGGAGGAACAAAGCUGCAGAGGUGACUCUAUUUGCGUAUUCGGAUCUGCUGCUCUUCACCAAGGAGGAUGAGCCAGGCCGCUGCAAUGUCCUGAGGAACCCCCUCUACCUCCAGAGUGUGAAGCUGCAGGAAGGUUCUUCGGAAGACCUGAAGUUCUGUGUGCUGUAUCUAGCAGAGAAGGCAGAGUGCUUGUUCACUCUGGAGGCGCACUCGCAGGAGCAGAAGAGGAGAGUGUGCUGGCGCCUGUCGGAGAACAUCGCUAAGCAGCAACAGCUGGCAGCUUCCCCCCCGGAGAGCAAGAAACUCCACCCUUAUGGCUCUCUCCAGCAGGAGAUGGGGCUUGCCAACUCAACCAAUUCUACCCAGGAUAGAAGCCUUACCUCAUCAGAACAGACUCUGAUUGGCUGAGCAAACCCAGGGCGGGACUCUGCUUCUGGCAACUUAACCCUUUCUUGGGCAUCCCCUACCGCACAGUAACCACACCUCAACUGGAGCCAAAACGGAGGACCAAGAUGGUGGGCCUAAGUCAUCUGAAGGGAGUGGCCCCGUGGGUGUGUAUGGACUGGCAUCAGAAGGACCGCAGUGGCGUGAGAGGCCCUAUGGGCAUGUGCAGACUGGCAUCAGAGAGUCCCAAGUGGAGAAGACUCAGAAACUGAUUCCUUACAAGGAAGGAGUUGAUGAAAUAGCAUCUCAGCUUCUGGUGGUCCCAGCGUCUGCCUUGGGGCAGCAGGAGAGGUUGGGAGAGGUCAGCUCUGAUGGAGAACAUUGCCAUGACCCUCCGCUGCCAGAAGAUAUCGCCACCCAUUCACUCACUUUUUAUUCAUUCUUCCAUUCGACAGAUAUUUUGGGGGCAUCUACUUUAUGCCAGGCUCUGUGCUAGGAGCUAGGGAUACUGUGGAGAAUAAGAUGGACGAGGUCUCUGAGCUUACCAAGAUCACAGUCCAUGUAGGGGAGUGAGCAUUAAAUAAAUCACCACCAACACACACACACACACACAUGCACAUGUGAUUACAAACUAUGUUAUGAAGGAAAAGAACAGAUUCCUUAAGAAAAGAAUAUUAUUUAGAUUGCUAUGUGUGGGUGGGGUGGGGGCAGGGGCAGGUCAUAAAUUUUAAGCUGAGGUCUGGGGGCCAGAAAGGAGUUGGCCAGGCAGGGACUUUGGGAAGAGUGUUUCAGGCCAAUGGAACAUCCGGAGGACAGUACCUGAAAUGGCAAGGAGCUUGGCUGGCUGGGGCAACGAAGGCCAGGCCAGUGAGGCUGGGCUUAGUGAGGAGGCAGAUGGAUGGGGUGCAUGGGCUCCCGAUCACACAGGGCUCUGGUGGUUAAUGUUUUAUUGAUUUCAUUCUAGAUUUAGUGGGAAGCCACUGAAGGCUUUUGAGAAGGUGACUCAGAGAGUCUCGGUACAUUUCUAGAAGAUCAGAGAGCUCAACAAGGGGCCCAAGUAGGUGUGGGAAGAUUAGUUAGGGGUUCCCUUCAAUCUUCCAGGUGAGGGGUGAUGGUGGCCCCUCUGGGCAGUGGCUGCAGAGCAGGGUAUGGGAAUGCCCAGAGUCUGGUAUAUGGUAGAAAGUCUGGGAGGAGAAGAGAUAAUUCUCUGUCCUUCCACCCGCUUUGCUGUCAUCCUCCACUGUGUCUUGCUUCCAUGCUGGGUGCAAGUGAGGAUUGGGGCCUUCCUCACAGAGGCUCCUCUGGGCCAGGUCUCUGUAGGAACCAGAGCUGAGCUCUGAGAGUGUCCCUGGGAGUUGGGAGCAGGGUGCUCUUGGCCUGGUCAAGGCGGGAAAGUUCACAGCCCCCAGGCCAUAGCAAGGGCUGCCUGUGUGCUCCCUCCAUCCUAUGCUGAAUGGUCUUAUAGGAAGUUGGAACACAGCCUUUUAGAAACUGACUUGAUUUGCUAUCUGCAGAGCUCCUAAGAGUCAGGGACCAGGGCUAGGUGUGGCUCAGCACUCCAGGGAACACAGUUCCUGCCACAAGGAUAAAGGAAGACCUGCCAAGGGGACAGUGACUAGAGCUCAGUCUGCUCAUUGCUGCACCUGCCACCAGAGCCUGGGGUUGGGCAGCACUCACACCCUUUUCUAACUGCCAAGCCCUAGAUCAGGGGAAGCCCAAGGCCACAGAUCUGAGUGACAUAGCUCACACACAAGGAGAAUGGGUAGGACCAGUGUUGCUUGCAAAGAAAAAGGGAGUCAGAGAGGCUGGAGAGAUGGUUCAGGCCAGAGAAGUCCCUGGACCAUGGACACUCUCUGCACUGAGUCCUAUAAGACCUUCUCAGUGUCUUUAGAGAGGGUUCUUGUGCCCUGGUGAGUUUGCACAGCUUCUCUGGCCACUUGAACUCCAAGAAGGGUGGCCUAAAAGAGAAUAUGUUCCUCACCUCCCACUUUCCCUCCUCCCAGCCUAGGCAAGGUCAGACACAUCCCAUCAGCAGUCUAACAGGGGAUGGAUGUAUCUGCCUAUGACCAGGCUCAUGCCCCCACCCAGCAGGGGAACAGGUAUGGCCUGAAGUGGGGCAAGUGAUACAGGGCCUGUCAGCCAGGAAUCAGUCUGCAGGGUUAAUUCUGAGCAGUGGAGCAGCUGGGUCUACAAGGACAGCAAGCUGCACUUUGAUUUCAUUUGAGUCCCUUACAAAAUGACAUUAAGGGGAAUGUGAGGCACAGGAGAACUGCCUGUCUGGGAAGGUAGCAAGCCAUGCUCUCUGGGACCUGGUGACCUACCUCUGUCCACCAGACAGAUGCAGAGGACAAGAGUUCUGGCCACAGGGAAACGGAGAAUCUGAAUGCAGCACCCAUCCCUGGGGACAGGGCUUUUCUCCCAGCUUGUCCUGGGAGGCUGCCGAGUCGAGUGAAUGCUCACUUCAGGGCCCUAGGCCUGGCUGGCCACUGGGACAGACAUUAGCUCCUGGGUUGGUCUUCCUUGUGACUGCGGUGAUCCACGCUGCCAUUGCUGCUGUGCCUCUCAAAUCAAUGAAACAAUUAAUUUGGUUCCAUGGGCUCGAGAAGAUGAAAUAUGACCGGGUGGCCACUGCUCUUCAGCGUCCCAGGGCAUCCCAACCAUUCAGGAUGAUGAACAAGCUUUCAAAAUUGCAUUUGAGAGUCAUAAUCACGGGAAAUGCUGCUGGCCCCGCCCUCCACAUAAAUCACGCUAAGAAGCCCACACAAUGGUCUCUUUCCUGAUGGUCCAAUUGUCUUGGUUUGGUGUCUCGGGCCCAGGAGCUGGGAGGAUGGGAGCACAACCAUUUAUUGUUGAAAAGGCCAUCUGUGCGAUUUGAAUACAAAGUGAUCCUUUUAGUGCCCUGCACACCCUCUGAUCCUGUGCUGGUGUUUUCUCAUGUCUCAGGCUCUGGGCCUUCGGAAACUCUGUCUCUCCUGGAAGUGGUCACGCCUGGUUUCUGCUGGCCUGGGUCUAUGACCCUUUGGGAGUUGGGACCUGUUGGAAAUAAUGAUGACAUUUAUUUA